AUGUUUGGGGCUUUGAAUCGCUUUAUAGCUCGCCUCGACGGUGAGCCGCCUCCACGACAAGCAGAUACUGGGCCUUCGGAUACAUCGUAUGGCUUUCAAGUCCUGCGAAACACAAAUAAAGACCUCCCCAUUGAACCGUGGUUCGACUUCAUCAUAGGCAUAAACGGCCAUUAUCUGGACUCGCCGGAUCCCGCCCUGUUCACAACCGAACUGCGCAACUGCGCUGGAGGAUACUGUUCGCUGGAUCUAUGGAGCGCAAAGGGUUCAAGAUCCCAUUCGAUCAGUGUCGCCGUUCCUUCUCCCCCAGAAACGCUCGGACUCUCACUACAACUCGCACCUCUCAAUUCCGCACACAACAUCUGGCAUGUCUUGGCCAUUCCCUCCCCGUUGUCACCGGCCCAUCAAGCAGGCCUCCUACCGCAUAGCGACUACAUACUUGGCUCGCCAAGCGGCACGUUAAAGGGAGAAGCUGCUCUCGGUGAGCUCGUGGAAGACCAUCUCAAUCGCAGUUUGGUACUAUGGGUCUACAACUCGGAAUUUGACGUGGUUAGAGAGGUUGAACUGGUGCCGCGAAGAGGAUGGGGAGGCGAGGGAGCUCUAGGGGCGGUCCUUGGUUUUGGCGCCUUACACCGCUUGCCAGUGGGAUUGGGAGAAGAGGUGCAGGCACCGGGAGAAAAUCUAUUUGACGCUGACAAGAAGAGCUCGGAGAAUGGGCAACAGGACGUGUUCACCAACACCUUCCAACCUGCCCCUGCUCAGGAUCUACCUUCACCUCCUAUGGUCAAUCCGAAUAUCCCUCCACCCCCAUUGAUGAGCCCAGGAGCUCCCCCUCCCACUGCAUCCGCCACCUCCAGAGCACGAAAGGGAAGACACCAUGGCGCAGCUGCUCUGGGCAGUGGCUUCGAUGAUAUAUUCGCCGAAGGUGCUAAGAAGAGUGCCGAGCGGGACCAUGUACCUUCAAGAAAAGGUACGCCGCUUGCCCCGCCACCCAAGAUCACAUCUGCUGGGCCAACGCCGCAUUCUGUCACUCAUGACAAAGAGGAUCCGCUAGCGCAAGCAGGUGAGGAUCUUGGUGAACCUGGGGAUGCCGAGGAAACGUGA